AUGAACCAAAACAGCUACAAUCCCGCACGCGGCACCCGAGGUGGCCGUGGCCGUGGCCGUUCUCAACACCAAGUGCCGCCGCCGAACGCUCCGACGGGCCCUCGGCCCAUGUGCUGUCAACUGCACCAUCUCAACCCCAACUGUGGGUUGGGGUGCAACGGCGUCACCGUCGUCCCGGGAUUCUCCACGCAGCGUCCCACUCUAUAUGGGCCUGCUGGCUUCGCUCCAUCUGCCGCCCCUCCUCCUCCAACCUACAACCCGCAGAUGGGUCAGCCUCGCGGUGGUCCUACACCACCCAUGAACAUGCCGCCGCCGCGUGGUCCGAGAAACCACUCCGUCAACCAUCGGAACGCGCCUACGUUUCAGCAGAUGCCUGGACACGUCCUCACCCAACACCACCCUGUAUACAACACCCCGGCGGCCCCGUCUCCAUUCGGCGGCUACCAUGGACAGAGCACAUCUGCCAUGGGACACCAGCAGCAGAGGCUUAACCCCAGCCCUGCCCCUCACCACUUCAACCAGCAGUUCCCUCCUGCUCCUCCUCCCGCUCCUUUCUUCCCUCCCUCCAUCCGCCCUACGCCCACACCAACCGGCCCGUCGAGCUUCCAGCUCUCGACGUCCACACGACACCACGCCGCCCGCCAGCCCUCCGCCACCUACAACACGCCCACUCCCCACGGCCAAGAGGCAACAGAAGAUCUCUCCGGCCCCCUCUCGCUCGCCGCCCUCCGCGACGUCUCUUUCACCAAGCCAGCCACCGCCAGCUCGGCCCCACCCCGCGCCUCCGCCCACCCCCCUCCCCCUCCCGCCCGCAGCACCCCGUCGUCCGCCGCCUCCCCAUCGCCGCCAGCAGACUCGCCGCACACCAACCUCCCUCCGCCCCAAGACGCAUGGCAGCCAUCGACGCGCAAGUCCUCACACGCGCGGUUCGACCUGCGCCUGUCCGACCUCGAGCUCGGCAUGAUCGUGCACCUGAAGCCGAACGCGACGUGGGGCACAGGGCGGCAUCCGGGGCUGGUGUGCGGGUGGAAAGACGCAGGGUACGUCGAGAUUCUCGUCGGAACGAGUUUCCUGGGGCAAGGGAUGGUGGGGAAGAUGGGGAGGAUCAGGGAGGCGCACGAGAGGGCGCGGAUUGGGAGGGAGUAUCUGCGGGUUGGUGGGGAUGGUGGGGAUGGGGAGGACUAUGUGGAGGCGUAUGCGGGGUUGGGGUUGCCGGUGCUGCGGUUGAGGGGGGGGAGGGUGUUGAAGAAGACGACGUACUUCCGGUUUGUUUACCGGUUUCAUUGCGAGCUUGCGGAUAUCUGCAAGUAUGCGGAUGGGAGGAGUCUCAAGAACAAGUACGUGUUGGAUGAGGCGAGUUGGGAGGCUUGCCGCGCGUACUUGGAGCAUCGGCUGCCGCUGAUGAGGAGGGCGGAGGCGGAGGUCAGGAGGCAGCAGAGGGAGAGGGACAGGGCCGCUGAGAGGCAGAGGGUGCAGGAUGAGAUGCGGCGGAAGGUCGCGGAGGCGGCGAACGCGCUGCAAUCGGUGACCCAGGAGGAGACGGAUGAUGAUGCGGCGGAGUCUUCUCUUGAGUGA